AUGGGGAACAGUUUGAACCAGGAAGAUGAUCAUGAAGAUCUGAACCAUUCGCUCAUACGGCCACAAUCGUCCAUACAAGAUGAAGCAGAUCAAGAUCAUCUAGAAGCUAAUAAAGACCUUUCCUCAAGGUUCUGGAUUGAAUCAAAGAAGCUAUGGCAUAUUGCUGGCCCCGCCAUCUUCAGCCGCAUCGUAACCUUCUCCAUGAACGUCAUCACUCUAGCCUUCGGUGGCCAUCUCGGCGACGCUGAGCUCGCUGCCAUUUCCAUAUCCCUCACUCUCAUCUGCGGCUUCAAUCUUGGCUUCAUGUUAGGGAUGGCGAGCGCCUUGGAGACACUGUGUGGGCAGGCCUUUGGGGCGAAGAGUUACCGCAUGUUGGGCAUAUACUUGCAAAGGUCAUGGGUUGUGCUCUUCCUCUGUGGUAUUUUGCUCCUCCCCAUUAACAUUUUUGCUGGUCCGAUUAUGAAGCUCAUAGGACUCUCCGACGAAGUGGCGGAGCUGGGGGAGGUGGUGGCCUUGUGCCUAAUACCGCUGCAGAUCGGAUUUACGUUUCUGUUCCCAGUGCAACGGUUCUUGCAGUCGCAACUUAAGACCUUUGUGAUUGCGUGGGUUUCUUUUGCUGCUUUGCUGGUUAAUUUGCUUGCUACUUGGCUCUUCCUUUAUGUGUUGGAUUUUGGGCUUGUUGGUAUUAUUGUUGCUUUGGAUAUCUCUUGGUGGGUUUUGGUUUUGGGGUUGUGUGGCUAUGCUAUGUGUGGUGGAUGUCCUGAAACUUGGACUGGAUUUUCUGCCCAAGCCUUUACGGGACUUUGGGAAUUCAUCAAGCUCUCUGCUGCUUCAGGAGUCAUGCUCUGCUUGGAGAGUUGGUACUACACAAUACUGAUGUUAAUGACUGGCUCCAUGGAGAAUUCCACAAUUGCCGUGGAUGCGUUGUCAGUCUGCUUGAACAUCAAUGGGUUGGAGCUCAUGAUCCAUAUCGCUUUCUUUGCUGGUGCAGGUGUAAGGGUGGCCAAUGAAUUGGGAGCCGGCAAUGCCAAAGCUGCGAAAUUUGCAGCAAUAGUGUCUGUGUCCUAUUCAGCUGUGAUUGGACUCUUCUUCUGCAUACUAAUCCUAAUAGUCCACGACAAGAUUGCAUACAUAUUCACGUCCAGCGCUGAUGUUGUCCAAGAAGUUGAUAAGAUGUCAUACUUGUUAGGGAUUACAAUUCUACUCAACAGUGUUCAACCAGUUUUAUCAGGGGUGGCUGUUGGGUCGGGAAGGCAAGCAACAGUAGCAUAUAUAAAUCUUGGUUGCUACUACAUUAUUGGGCUUCCUGUUGGAAUUCUAAUGGGAUGGGUGUUCGAUUUGGGCGUCAUGGGCAUUUGGGGUGGCAUGGUCUUCGGUGGGACGGCCGUUCAGACUUUGGUAUUGACCAUCAUGACAAUACGAAGCAAUUGGGUGACACAGGCUGAGGAGGCCAGCAAGCGUGUAAGUAAGUGGUCAAGUCCUAAACCAGAAGAUCAAUCAGAAGUACUCGAACAUUAAUAGAAUUCAUGUUCAUGGA